AGAUUAGAUUAUUAUGAGAUUGAAUGUUGGCAAUGCAGAGCUCUGUCGAUGCGUUUAAUCAGUAGCUUGUCCACUUUGUCGAAUUUAUUUUGGGAUACAUUUGCCGGCAUGGCUAAAUACUGCAGUGCAGAGGUGUUAGAUGCUUUACUAGUCGGCUGAAGGCUUUCGAAAGCGGUAGGCUACUAUUUUCUAGGGCAUAUGGUGGCUAGUUAGGGCUAUGUUGUCAGGGCGACGCAUAUGCAAUGGGCGGUGCUUGCGAUUAAAAUACUUUGAUAGGCUUAACGAGUUUUUACGUCUUUCAUUGCUUAUGUGGUUAUGGGCGUGGGUGCCGUAAUAUUUAGCUAGGGAGGAGCGCUCACGAUUCCGGUGCUGUCAAUGCAUCUGGGGAAGCAUGCAUCACCGAGUGGCGAUGGACAACGCGGCGCUCUUCGCCUCCGUGUACGCGGUCUGCGAGCAGGCGGCGGCGGCGCUCGCCGAGGAGCCGGGCGAGGCGAGCGACGACUCCGCCCGCCGCACCGCCGAGGCCGUGGCGCGCAUCCGGGAGCACGCGCGCGGCCUGGAGCCCGUCGUGGCGGGCCUCGCCGCCACCUUCCACCACUUCGACUUCGACCCCCUGGUGCCCGGCAACGGGUACCGCUCGCUCGUGAAGGGGCGCUGCUGCGACAACCAGGGCGACCUGUUCUUCCGGGCGCCGCACAACGCCAAGGAGAUGCAGGCCCGUUUCUACGCGCUGCCUGGGCCAGCACUUGCGAAACCCUCUUUCUUUCUUUCUCUCUUUCAGUUCUCCCCUGCCAUUCGCCCGUUCUUGCAGACCGUCGUCACAGGCCUGGUCUCCUUCGGAGAAAACUACAACAAGCACAAAUCCCUGAUUGUGGAGGCAGGAGGUAUGACACAGUAUGGAGUUGCGGCCAGCUCCUUCUUCACCUCCGGGAAGUACGUGGUCGACCCGGAGCUCAGGGGGGCGGAGUUUGAGCGCGUCAUUCAGAACAUGGACAUGCCGUUCUGGAAGGCCUUCUGGAACCUGUCAGAAACGGAGCUGAUCUCGGGCCUGGCCAACAUCAUGUCCGCCGCGGUGCAGGUGAACCGCACGCUCUCGGUGCCGCCCGUGUCCUUCCUCCUCCCGUCGGCCUCGGACCCCCGCGUCUCGGUCACAAUAGCGCCCCCUGCGGCCCACUGCGGCCCGGGCCCGGUCAACAUGCGCCUCAUCUCCCACAAGUUGCUGGAGGGACAGAACAGCGAGGAGAUGCUGGCGUUCUCCCACGCCGAGGGCACCCCCAUCUCGGUCUCCCUGGGCCUCACGAAGCCGAGCCCCCCCUCGCCCUGGCUCCUGGUGCCUUCAGGGCGUGUGCUACCUCAAAUCCUGGGUAUAAUGUUGGUGAUGCGUCUGUCUCUCCUCCAUCAGAACUACCUGAGGAGCUGGGCCCAGGACCUGGGCGUGCCCAUCCUGUCCGUGGACUACUCAGUGGCCCCCGAGGCCCCCUUCCCCCGGGCCCUGGAGGAGUGUUUUUACGCCUACUGCUGGGCCCUCAAACACUGCCACCUGCUGGGGUCCACAGGCGAGCGCGUGUGCCUGGCCGGGGACAGCGCCGGGGGCAACCUGGGCAUAACGGUGGCCAUGCGGGCCAUGUCCCAGGGCGUGCGCCUGCCUGAUGGGAUAAUGGCGGCCUACCCCGCCACCCUGCUCACCACCUACGCCUCGCCCUCCCGCCUCCUCACCGUCAUCGACCCCUUGCUGCCCCUCAGCGUGCUCUACAAGUGCCUCAACGCCUACGCUGGCACAGAGCCACAGACAUCAGAGCAGGAGGGAGCGGUGAAAACAGAGUCCCCUGCUGGCAGUUCCCCGCCCUCUGACGCAGCGGGGCGAGGGGAGGACCCGCCCCCAUGGAGCCAGGCCUGCCGGGACCCGGGUUCCGAGAGCCGCCAGGCUGAGGCCCCCUCGGAGGGGGGCGUGCCGCACCCCCCGGCCUGGGACGAGUACCCCGAGGGGUUCCAGCCGCUGCGGUCCGAGCAGCUGGCCCAAACGUGCGCCCAGAGCUCCCCCGUGAACCGGGACCCCUACGUGUCCCCCCUGCUGGCCCCCGACAGCAUGCUGAUGGGCCUGCCCCCCAUCCACAUCGUGGCCUGCGCCCUGGACGCGAUGCUGGACGACUCGGUGAUGUUCGCCCGGCGGCUGAGGUGCCUGGGGCAGCCGGUGACGCUGUGCGUGGUGGAGGACCUGCCCCACGGCUUCCUCUGCCUGCAGCUCUGCAAGGAGACCCAGGAGGCCUACCGCGUCUGCGUGGCCCGAAUCCGGGAGGUCUUCAGCCAGCGCCACGGAAACGCCGAUCGGGAGGCCCGGCCUGCUGAGGGGGGGAACGGUCAGGAGAGGGAGAGCUCCAGCGAGGAGUGGACCAGGAAUACGGAAGGCCGGGAGCUGGCUGCUGGAGAUGGGCAGGAUAGGUAGCGGUCUGCGCGGGUGCGCGCCAGGCCGUUUGUUUCCUGGUUGCUCAGGAGCGCUGUACAGAAAGCCCCGGAAGGACCGAGAGGGAAGGACGCCUCAGGAUGGUCAGAGAAAAAAGACGAGCCAAAAAAAACAUGAAACGAGAGAA